AUGUCAUUUUCGCGCCUCGAGCUGCACCACUUCGUGGAAGUUGCGAAGGAAUUCCUAGACACCGAAAUGGAGCAGCUGACGAAAGCCGACAUUAGCGAUCGUCAAUGCAAGCUUACUCCCGCGAAGGGCCUAUUUCUCCCAACGCACAGUUUCGGAGGGAAUAACGUGUGGAGCACUUUCCCCAGCAGCACGAAUUCGGACGACCACGAAUGCGCUACUAAUGCAACCAGCAGCGAUAGGAGUCGUCGCUCGAAGCUCGAGAUUGACGUAAGCGACAGUAUUAGCGACUGCAGCGACGUGUGCGACGAUGCGAACGACGCUGCGAGCGACGAUUCGUCAGACGAGACCUGCUCCAACGCGUCAACAUUCUUCUCGCCGCGCUCCGCGGCCUCGAAUGGUGACUCGUCAGGUCGCGCGUCGCCGCGGUCCGUGUUGCGGCGAAAUCGCGCCUUCCAUCAUCGGGGAGUCGCCGACAUUGACAACGAUUACUUUGAAACGGAGAGGCGCCCGCGGCCUGAAACCCUAAGCGGAGUCCGCGGCGCGUGUUCUGACCGGCAGAUAAUCGAGAAGAUUGAGCUUCCGGAAGACCUGUACACACACGAGAUCCCCGCUUCCUUCACGAAGCUCCAGCACAACACAUUGUCCCCAAAUCCUACGGGGAAUACUUUCUCCUCUAAUAAAACGGGUCGCAUGGGCGCUCUGGGUCAGCCCACUGGUUUCCCUGCCGUGCACGUGACAGGCGCUCCUGUGUUCCCGCCAUCUUACCAUGGUUCCGUGGGAUUCCCUCCCCAGCUUCUGGUGCAGCAGCAGAUGAACCAGAUGUACUGGCAGCAGAUGCACUUGAACCAGAUGCACCUGAGCCAAAUGCACCUGAACCAGAUGCACCAGAACCAGGCGCGGCUUCAGCAGGCAGUGUACCUCCAGCAUCAGCAACAGAGGGAGUGGAUGGAGCAGCAGCAUAAGCAUUUGCCUGUUGAGAUUGAGAGGAAUGGAGGAGAGAGGAGGAGGUUCCAGCCACCACGCUUCCUCCAGCCUCAAAGCGCUGCAGGCACUGGGGUCUUUAUCCCCCCCAGGCAUGAUGGACUGAGCUUCGUGCAUUUCGAGUCGGCCCAUAAGUCCGUGCGAGCAGCUGGGAGCCAUGUCGCAGCCGCGGCGAGCGACGUCGCAGCUGCUGCUGCGAGCGUCGCAGAAGCGUCGCUGGACGAGCGGGUGGAGCUUGGCGCGCUUCAGGGCCGGGCAAGGGAGGAAGCGGAGGCCAUGCAAGCUGCCGUCUUUCAGGCUGCGCAGGAACUCGAUGCUGUAGCGGCAGAGGCAGUAGCUGCUGCUGCUUCUACAGAGGGAGAGGGAGAGACGAGGGAGGAGAGGGGACAGGGUUUAGGCGGCGGGUCCGUGCAUGGUAGGGCGCGGACGAAGCGGUUGUUGCAGUGGGCGCGGGAGCUACAUGGCGGAACUCCCCCCUCGACUGCGCUGCGGGCGCGGGAGAAUCGUGUCAUGGGCUGCGUCGCGCAGGUGUGGCUCCACGUGGAACUUGAGGAAGACACGUCAUCAUUCGACGGCGCGGAACUCUCCCGCCUCAAACUCCGACUGCAGGCCGAUAGCGACUCGGAUCUGACACGUGGCAUCUGUCAGCUCCUUGUAGGGAUCUUUAACGGCCGCAGCGUCAGCGCCGCGCUAGCGCUAGAUUCUAAUGGACCAGCAGUUAAAGCCCUCUCUGCCGCCCUAAAACCCGCCGCAGCCGCCACAGCCGCGGGCGCAACUGCCUCUAAAGCCGCUCCCGCUGUACGCACAUCCACCUUUGUAAGCCUCCUCCUUUCCCUGCAAAAACGCGCUCGCGCCCUCGCGGCGGCGGCGCUCGGACGGACUCCGUCAGUGGCUCCGUUACCGUCAAUCGUGAUCGGCCGGGGCGGGACGAUCACCGCUCGCGGGGAUUUCGCGGUUACCCAGGCGCAGUAUCUCCGUCCGAACGACGCGGCAGUCGCGGCGCUAGUUAAGGAGCUAUCUAGCAAGCGCAUCGGCGUCGUGGCGCAUUUCUACAUGGACGCGGAAGUUCAGGGCGUGUUGGUCGCGGCGCGUAAAUCCUGGCCGCACAUCAAGAUCUCGGAUUCGCUGGUGAUGGCGGACGGAGCGCUGAAGAUGGCGCAAGAGGGGUGUGACUAUAUCGCGGUCCUGGGGGUGGAUUUUAUGGCUGAGAACGUGCGGUGCGUGCUUGAAAAGGGCGGCUUCGCGCACGUGCCUGUUGUGCGAAUGGCGGCGUCCCCCAUCGGGUGCUCCUUGGCGGACGCGGCGCGGAGCGACGCGUAUGAGAGGUAUCUUAAGGAGGCGUCGACGGUGCCUAAGUCGCUGCACGUGAUCUAUAUCAACACGGCGCUGGAUACUAAAGCCGUGGCGCAUCAUGCGGUGCCGACUAUUUCUUGCACGUCGUCGAACGUGGUGCAGACCGUAUUGCAGGCAUUCGCCCAAGUUCCGGACCUGACCCUUUGGUACGGACCAGACACAUACAUGGGAGCGAAUCUGGUCGAGAUGCUUCAGCAGCUCUCUUCCGUACCUGAUGAUGAGGUUCGGUUGCUUCACCCGGAUCACUCCCAAGCCUCGCUACGCGCGCUCCUGCCUCGGAUAAGAUACUUCCAGGAAGGUGCCUGCAUUGUCCAUGAUAUGUUCGGGCAGGAGGUUGUUUCGCGGCUCCGGGCGGCAUAUUCCGACGCUUUCCACACCGCACAUUUCGAGGUGCCCGGCGAAAUGUUUGCGCUGGCGAUGGAGGCUCGUGCAAGGGGUCGUGGCACUGUUGGGUCAACGCAAAACAUUUUGGAUUUUGUAACUGCCCGAACGAGGGAGGCGUUGGAGAGAGGGUAUGAAGGGGAGAGGUUACAGUUUGUGUUGGGGACGGAGACUGGUAUGGUUACCAGCAUUGUGCAAGCGGUGCAGGACGAAUUGGCGAAGGUUGAGAGCGGUUCGGAUGGUGCUGCUGACGUGGAGGUAGAGAUAGUUUUUCCUGUAGACAGCUCGGCAGUUGCUUCGACUAAGGAGGAUGGGGGAAAUAACGGCAGCAGCAGCAGCAGUGGAAGUGGGGGCAACGGCAAGACAGCAGGGUCGGUGGCAGCAGCAAUGCUGCCGGUGGUGCCAGGCGUCAAGGGCGGGGAAGGGUGCUCUGUCACUGGUGGCUGCGCCUCGUGCCCAUACAUGAAGAUGAACUCCCUAGACGCCCUCAUGUCUGUCUGCCACAUGCUGGGUCAAGAGGAUGCCCUCACGCGCCUGGCGCCGUACGAGCCUGACAAGUUUGCCGAGCCUCUUGGUCCGGGCACGGUGGCAGACCUGGGGUACUUGCCGAUCCUCCACAUGAGGCAUUUCCAGAAAACGGGGCGAUUGUCCGAAGAGCUGGUUGCAGACAUAUUGACAAGGAACUUAAGUCUGGCAGAGAUGGAUCUGCUAAUGCUCGUAUCGAGCGUUUUCCGCGCUGACAUCUCGAUAUCCCCGGCCCAGGCUACAUGGUUCGGGGUAGCUGCUGCAGUGGCCGUUGUCGGGGCAACUACCUUCGUCCUUUCAUCCAUUGGCAAGCCCGAGGUGAAAGGCAAAUCUACCACAGAGCUCAGCGGAGGAAAGCUGAAGAAAGAUGAAGUGGCUAACGGCUGGACUAACUACGACAAAUACUUCCAACAAAAUCCUGGCGAAGGAGUCACGGAGAAGAGCCAAGCUCCUCAAUUUGUCGACACAUUCUACAAUCUCGUGACCGACAUUUACGAAUGGGGUUGGGGUCAGAGCUUCCAUUUCUCGCCUGCUCUCCCCGGGAAGUCCGAUAGGGAGGCGACGAUUGCUCAUGAAGAGUACAUUGCGACUAUCUUGAAGCUUAAGCCUGGAAUGAAGGUUCUGGAUGCGGGAUGCGGGGUCGGAGGACCAAUGCGGGCGAUCGCGGCUAAGUCCGGAGCGAAUGUUACUGGAAUUACUAUUAACGAGUAUCAAGUGGAGCGUGCUCAGCAGCACAAUGCCCGGAGAGGGCUGGACAAGCUGUGCACGGUGGUUCAAGGGAACUUCCUCGAGCUACCAUUUGAGGAUAACAGUUUUGAUGCUGCUUAUUCCAUCGAGGCUACCUGCCAUGCUCCCAAGCUGACUGACGUCUACGGCGAGAUCUUCCGCGUGCUGAAGCCCGGCCAGCUGUACGCAACGUACGAGUGGGUGAAAACGCACAAGUACGACCCUGAGAACAAGGAGCACGUUAAGAUUAUUGACGACAUCUGCUACGGGAACGCGCUUCCGGAGCUCCGAUCUUACAAGGAGAUCGUGGAAGCUGCUGAAGCGGUGGGGUUCGAGGUUAUCGACAACAGGGAUGUUGCAGCUCCUCCUGCGCUUCCCUGGUGGACUCGCCUCAAGAUCGGCCGUAUCGCGUAUGCUCGCAAUCACCUGCUCGUGAAGAUCGUGUCAAUGCUGAACAUUGCUCCCAAGGGAUUGUUGGACGUUCACAACAUGCUGACGACGGUCGCUGUGCACCUGACACAAGGAGGAGAGACCGGGAUCUUCACUCCCGCACACCUGCUGCUGCUCCGGAAACCCGCUGCGCCGGCCUCCACUUAA